AUGGUCCACACAAUAAUUUGCCCUUAGAUCUACUUCAUUUGUAUCUAGCUUUCCGCUAUAUAUAAAUUUCAAGCCCUUCAUCCCCAAGAAUAGAAUAUUACAUUAUAGAGAAGCUUAAGUUCACUUCCAAGAAUCAGAGACGACUGGGAUUAGUUUGAAGUAGUGGUUGUUGCAUCGCCCAGGCCAGGUCCAAAUGGAAACAGAGCAGAAGAAGAGCAUGAAGAGGAUGGCGGUCUUGGUGGGCUGCAAUUACGAGAACAACGCAGUAUUCAAGUUGAAUGGAUGCCGCAAUGAUGUGUUGGCGAUGAAGGAAGUUCUGAUUUCCCGGUUCGGGUUCAAGCCGGACUGCAUCGAAGUGCUGACGGAUGAGGAGGGGAGCCCGGUGUUGCCCACGGCGGCCAAUAUCAAGUCAACGCUGCUUCGGAUGGUGGCCCGAUCCGAGCCCGGGGAUGUCCUGUUCUUCCACUUCAGUGGCCAUGGGAUUUUGAUCGAGAGCCUCAAUGAAGAAGCUAUUCUUGGCCAGGAUCUCAAUGUCAUCACUAGUGUGGAUUUUCGGCAGAUAGUGAAGGGCGUGCCGAAAGGAGCGACGUUCACGAUCCUCUCCGAUUCCUGCCACAGCGGCGGGCUGAUCGACAAAGAGAAAGAGCAGAUCGGGCCGUGCGACCAUCCCACCUGCGGCAACGAAGAAAUCCCCACACCGCCGCCAAACGCGCAAGCAAAAUCCGUUCCUUUCGAAUUCCUCUUGCGCCAUCUCUCGUCCAUCACAAACUUAGCCGCACGGGAUAUCGCGCCGCACCACCUGGAGCUCUUCGGCGACCACGCCAGCCUCAGCUUCAAGCAGGCCGACAAGCGGCCGGAGCCUCUCGAGGCGGACGAGGGGAUCUUGCUGAGUGGGUGUCAGGCUAACGAGGUGAGCCGAGACGUGCCCACCAAAGAAGGGCAGCCGCCCCGUGGGGCGUUCAGCUAUGCCGUGGAGACUGUGUUGAAGGAGCAUCCUGGUCCUCUUAGUAAUAGGGAAGUGGUUUUGUUGGCCAGGAAGGUUAUCAAGAAAUUACAACUCCCACAGCAUCCUUGUCUUUAUUGUUGUGAUGGAAAUGCCGAUGCAGUUUUUCUUCGCCAAUCUUGAUCGGAUCAUAGCCCGACCUAAUCGAUCUGCAUGUGGUGUUUUUGUAAUAAGUUAAGCAACCAGUGCUCUAUACAUUAUUUGAUGGUGUGUGCAUGCGCUAAACGUUGGCACUUUGUCAUGGAUUAUUUUUUAAUUUGAUAUGAUUAUUGUGAUGGAAAAA